GGGGGCGGACGAACCAGGAAUGAGCAGGCAGGCCGGUAAUCAGAGCCACACGAAUGAUCAGGAAACCAGCAGGGAAGCACUCACGUUGCGACGUUUAUCGGGCGUUUACCGGGGCAGAGUCGAUACCGGGAAGUCAGUCCGGAGAUGAACGCUGGAAAGUCUUGCACGGACACAGAACAAUUGGAGAUGGACUGCAGCUGGGAGCAACAGGAUGGAUUCACUUUCUCGACCAGAACUUUUUGAUUUCCAUGGAGUCUCAAUGACUCGCUAUUUCACAGACAACUGGGAUAAUAUUCAAAACUUCCAGGCCAGGCCAGAUGAUAUUCUUAUUGCAACAUACCCCAAAGCAGGAAACACCUGGGUCUCCUACAUCCUUGACCUGCUGUAUUUUGAUCAGACAUCUCCAGAGUGUCAGAAAUCCGUCCCCAUUUAUGCAAGAGUACCUGUCUUAGAGAUCACCUUCCCUUCUCUGCAGCCAGAAUCUUCAACCAUACACAAAGGAACAGACAUGGUGGACAAUCUCCUCACUUCUCCUCGACUCAUUAAGACUCAUCUUCCGGUCCAGUUUGUGCCAAAAUCUUUUUGGGAGCAAAACUGCAGGAUAGUCUAUGUGGCCCGCAAUGGCAAGGACAGCGUGGUAUCUUUUUUCCACCAAGAGCGCAUGACCAUGAUCCUCCCAGAGCCUGGAGACUGGAGCAGUUACCUCCAGAGGUUUAUGGAGGGAAAGAUGGUGUUUGGAUCCUGGUAUGACCAUGUGAACAACUGGUGGGAGAAGAAACAGAUGUAUUCAAACCUCCAUUACAUGUUCUACGAAGAUCUUGUUGAGGAUACUGGACGGGAAAUAGACAAACUCUGCUGCUUUCUUGGUUUGUCUCCUUCAGCUCAGGAGAAGGAACGACUUGCAGGCAGAGUGCAGUUUGACAAUAUGAAACAGGACAAUGUGGUCAACCAUUCAGCAUUUCUAGGAAUGGAUUUCAAACUUUCUUCGUUCAUAAGGAAAGGGAAGGUUGGUGACUGGAAAAACCAUUUCACUGUGGCGCAGAGUGAAGAGUUUGAUGAGGACUACAAGAAAAAGAUGAAGAAUCCCACACUGACAUUUCGCAAUGAAAUUUAGAGGUCCGGUGCAGCUGCAGCUACAUAACGAAAAUUCCUUAACUGUGAUAUGUGAUCAAAUAGAUAAUGUUAGAGAGAUAGAUAGAGAUAGAUAAUUACUGAGUCAGGUGCUUAAUUUUAAGCGCUGAGGAAAUGAUCUAAUCAGUCUGAAUACAUAAGUUUAUCAAAUAUCAAAACUUGAUGACUUUGACUUUUACAGAUUUAAGCGUUAUAUCACUAGUUUGUCAAAAUGAAUUUGAUAGAGGUAUAUCAACUGUACAGCUGCAAUCCAGUCAAAUGUCAGUCUAGAUUAAAAGACUGAAA